UCCCUCAGCUCACUCCAGCACUCAGCAGCCCAACCAGCACUCGUUAAUCGAAACUCCCCAGUAAAAACCAACACCCUAACAGUAACAAUAAACAAUACAGUCAACAUGCAAGCCAGAAAGACCAUGCUUUCUUUCAUCUUGGUGGUGUCGGCGCUUGCCGGACUUGCCUCAGCCGCACCAUCUUCCGCAAUGGCCGCUGAUGGUGAAGGCAACAACUACUCCCACGCUGUUCUCCGGGCCAGGCGAAACGAAUCCCCUGCAUCCGAUGGUGAAAAGAAGACACCCAAUGCGAUUCAUCAGCUCGCCUGCGAAGAUGCUGCUAAAGCAGGCACUCCCGCGCCCGGCGACGCACCUAAGACACCCAAUGCCGUUCAUCAGCUCGCGUGUGAUGGUAGUAAGCCAGUCGCAGACCCUAAUGCCACUGCCGGCGGUGUCGACCCCACGAAACCCACCAAUUAGAGGAAAAAUGCAUGGUGAAUGACCUCACAUUGACAUCUCAAUCUAAAGAAUUGAUCGAUCAACUCGAUUCAGAGAGCUUUCCUCAUGUAUCCAAUCCCAUCAUCUUCCAUAGUAUUUAUAUCGUUAUGUAUAGCAACAUCAUCUCUCUCCAGCAAAAGAAAUGCCAAAAUCAGUAGGAGUAACACUAUCAUCUUGACCCAAAUCCGUUGUAUAUGAACCCCCUGCCCCCCAAGAAAUGUAUAAGCGAUUCCUUCAGACUCAAUACAUAUCAUCUUUUCUCAA